GAGCUGCAACCGCGCAGGCGCCAAGACAGCCAACCAGGAAGGCUGCAGACCGCAUGCCUGAGGCUCUGGGAGCUUCAGGGCGGAGAGUGAGGGAGCCAAUGGCUGGGAGGAGGGAGGGUGGGAGCUCACGGUUGCUGGGAGGAGGUGCUAGAGAUGGGGUGAAGGGACGAUCAGGGCCUUCGCGCGGCUCGCUAGUCCGGGGCUGCGGAAGUUGAGCAACUGGGAGGCGGGCUUAGGGCCGGAAGCAGGAAGGAGGGCGCAGGACGCAGGGCGCCGCGCCAGCUGUGCUGUCGGCUGGUGGGACUGUCGGUGGCCGGAGCAGGAUGGAGAAGCUGCGAGUCCUGGGCCUCCGCUACCAGGAGUACGUGACUCGUCACCCGGCCGCCACGGCCCAGCUGGAGACGGCAGUGCGGGGCCUCAGUUACCUGCUGGCAGGUCGCUUCUCCGAUUCCCACGAGCUGUCUGAGUUGGUGUACUCUGCCUCUAACCUGCUGGUGCUGCUCAACGAUGGGAUCCUCCGGAAGGAGCUUCGCAAAAAGCUGCCUGUGUCGCUGUCCCAGCAGAAGUUGCUGACGUGGCUGAGCGUGCUGGAGUGUGUGGAGGUGUUCAUGGAGAUGGGGGCUGCCAAGGUGUGGGGCGAAGCAGGCCGUUGGCUCGUCAUCGCUCUCAUCCAGCUGGCCAAGGCCGUCCUGCGCAUGUUCCUGCUGAUCUGGUUCAAGGCUGGCAUUCAGACCUCACCCCCCAUUGUUCCGCUGGACAGGGAGGCCCAGGCACAGCCCUUGGAUGGUGAGCACAGCCCAGGCAGCCAUGAGCCAUCCUAUGUGGGGAAACGGUCAAACAGAGUGGUUCGGACACUCCAGAACAGCCCAUCCCUGCACUCACGACACUGGGGAGCCCCCCAGGAGUGGGAAAUUCGGCAGAAGCAGCAGCAGGAGGAACUGAGCACACCCCCAACCCCUCUGGGGCUGCAGGAGACCAUCGCAGAGUCUUUGUAUAUCGCCCGGCCCCUGCUGCACCUGCUCAGCCUGGGCUUCUGGGGUCAGCGGUCAUGGACACCCUGGCUACUGUCUGGUGUGGUAGAUAUGACUAGCCUGAGUCUCCUGAGUGACAGAAAGAGCCUGACCCGAAGGGAGCGGCUAGAGCUGAGGCGCCGUACAAUCCUGCUGCUGUACUACCUGCUGCGCUCGCCAUUCUAUGACCGCUUCUCUGAAGCCAAGAUCCUCUUCCUCCUCCAGCUCCUUGCAGACCAUGUCCCUGGCGUUGGCCUAGUGGCAAGGCCGCUCAUGGACUACCUGCCCUCCUGGCAGAAAAUCUAUUUCUACAGUUGGGGCUGACAGACGCGCAGGAGUGGGUGCAGAGCGGUCGUGUGAUGUGCUCUAUUGCUCUGGGUGGGCCUUGCCUCCGCCCUCCAGUCCCCCGGGGCCUCUUCUCUAAUAAAAGUGACUCUGGUCGUGUCCCA